AUGGCCGACCGGCCGAUGGAGAGCAAGGCGGCAACCGGCAAGCACUUCAUCCUGGUGCACGGCCUGGCGCACGGCGCGUGGUGCUGGUACAAGGUGGUGGCGCGUCUGCGCGCCGCGGGGCACCGAGCGACGGCGCUCGACAUGGCCGCGUCGGGGGUGAACCCGGCGCGCCUCCACGAGGUGGCGUCGUUCGAGGACUACUCGCGGCCGCUGCUGGACGCGGUAGCCGCGGCCCCCGACGGCGACAGGCUCGUCCUGGUGGGGCACAGCCUCGGCGGGCUCAGCGUCGCCCUCGCCAUGGAGAGGUUCCCGGGCAAGGUUGCCGCCGCCGUGUUCCUGGCCGCGUCCAUGCCCCGCGUCGGCAGCCACAUGGGCGUCACUAUCGAAGAGUUCAUGAAAAAAGCUGCUUCCAAAGGGCUGCUCAUGGACUGCCAAAUGGUGGCCAUCACCGGCACCGGCAGUGAAGAUGCCAGUGGGCAGCAAGGGACGGCGAUCGUGAUGGGUCCAAAGUUCUUGGAGAAGUGCUACAAGGAGAGCCCGGCGGAGGAUGUGACCCUGGCGAAGCUGCUGGUUAGGCCCGGCAACCAGUUCAUGGACGACCCGGUGAUGAAGGACGAGGCGCUGCUCACGGCCGCCAACUACGGGUCGGUCAAGAAGGUGUUCGUGGUCGCCAAGGCCGCCCAUGGCUCCAGCACCAGCACCGAGGAGGUGCAGCGCUGGAUAGAGGCCACGAACCCCGGCACGGAGGUGCAGGAGAUCGCCGGCGCCGACCACGACGUCAUGAACUCCAAGCCAAGGGAACUUUGCGACGUCCUUGUCGGCAUAGCCAGCAGAUACGACUAA